AUGAUGACAAAUUCCCAACAUUAUUCCUCUUUCCCUAGUUCGACUGAUCAUCUUCUUGCCAUCGACCCAACUCAACUGUUCACUCCUGAAUCGUCUUCUGGAAGACUAGUCAGACGAAAAUCGAUAUUGAAGGUACCUAAAAUGGAGGUGACAUGGAAUGAUAAUGGUCAACCAGAACAACCCAUCCGUAUGGCUUCAAAAAAUCCCAAUCCUCGAAAAUUACAGAAACAGCCUAAGGGUGUUAGAUUCACACCUUCUACUCUAGGAUCACUCUCGGAUUUCGAUAUUGGUUUACCCACACCAGAUGCAACAACGCCUGAAAGCCCAUACUCAGCUGGAAGAGGUAUCAAGAAGAGAACUUCGUGGAGACAUUGGCCUUUUACCAGUACUCAGAAUACUAGUGGUGCUCAUCACCAAGAACAAUACACAUUACCUACCCCAGAUGAUACACCUUCACCAACUGAAUCUGAACAAUCAUGGCAUCAUCAUUCAUCAUAUUUUCCCGAAUACACUCCAAUAUACCCUACCCCUCCAACAGUCACUACACCUUCCUUAUACACCUUAUCUCCAGCGGAAAAACAAGCGCAAGAACACGCGUCACGAGUUGGACAUUCGGUAGUCGUUCAUUAUCCCGAUUUACCAUCUUGGAACGAAUAUGGUGGAUCGGGAGAUAAGAUAAAGGCAGGUUGGCAAAGUGGGAAAUAUGGUAUGAAAGGUUGGAACGGAUUCGGUUGGGAAGAAGAUAAAUUACCUGCCAAUAACGAUUUGACGUUUGGCAAGCCUGCUCCACCGGGUGAACCUAUAGAUGGUGGAGCCAAGAAGAAGAAGAAGAACAAGAAGAAGAAAGGUGGCGGGGGAGGCGGAGGAGGAGGAGGGGGCGGUGAUGACGAUGAGGAAGGUGAGGGCGGUGAAGGAGAAGACGAGGGUUGA